CUUGCAGACGUCUCAGUCAGUCUCUUGGCAGUUGUCGUCAGCUUCUGCGGGCUCGCCUUGCUGGUGGUCUCGCUUUUUGUCUUUUGGAAGCUCUGUUGGCCCUGCUGGAGGAGCAAACCUCUCACCUCCAGCACCAGUAAUGUCCCGCAGAGCAACUCCAGCGCUCCUACGGAGGUUUUGGAGAACAGCGAGAAAAAGGAAGUGAAAGAAGAUGGGAAAGCUACCACCAAGGUACUUGAAGCUGCUAUGAAAAUCAGCCACACUUCACCUGACAUACCAGCAGAGGUCCAGAACGCACUGAAAGAGCACCUGAUCAGACAUGCUCGGAUGCAGAGGCAGAUCACUGAGCCCACGUCCUCAUCACGGCACAAUUCUUUCAGGAGGCAUUUGCCAAGACAGAUGCAAGUGUCCAGUGUUGAUUUUAACAUGGGGACAGACCCAGUUUUGCAAAGGGGAGAGACCACAACCAGCAUUGGGAGAAUAAAACCAGAACUCUACAAACAGAAGUCUGUGGAUUCUGAUGGGCAGCAAGAAGAUGUGAAAACAUGUGGAAAACUUAACUUCACUCUCCGGUAUGAUUAUGAGAAUGAACUUCUGGCUGUCACAAUUGUCAAAGCCUUAGAUCUGCCUGCUAAAGAUUUCACAGGAACAUCCGACCCCUACGUUAAGAUUUAUCUGCUUCCAGAUAGGAAAAAGAAGUUUCAGACACGAGUUCACAGAAAGACAUUAAAUCCUGUCUUUGAUGAAACCUUUCAGUUUCCUGUAGCCUAUGAUCAACUCAGCAACAGGAAAUUGCAUUUCAGUGUUUAUGAUUUUGACCGAUUUUCUAGACAUGACAUGAUUGGGGAAGUUAUUCUUGAUAACCUUUUUGAAGUCUCAGAUCUCUCCAGGGAAGCCAAUGUAUGGAAAGACAUCCACUGUGCCACCACAGAAAGCAUAGAUUUGGGUGAGAUCAUGUUUUCCCUUUGUUAUUUGCCUACUGCUGGGAGAAUGACUUUGACAGUCAUCAAAUGUCGAAAUCUCAAAGCAAUGGAUAUAACUGGUGCAUCAGAUCCGUAUGUCAAAGUGUCACUGAUGUGCGAGGGACGGAGACUGAAAAAGCGGAAAACAACCACAAAGAAGAACACGCUGAAUCCCAUUUAUAACGAGGCCAUCAUCUUUGAUAUCCCUCCAGAGAACGUGGACCAGGUCAGCCUCUCCAUUGCAGUGAUGGAUUAUGACAGAGUAGGGCACAAUGAGGUCAUUGGAGUAUGCCGGACAGGAAUUGAUGCCGAAGGCCUUGGAAGAGAUCAUUGGAAUGAAAUGUUGGCUUACCCACGUAAACCAAUAACUCACUGGCACCCAUUAGUAGAGCUACCUGGCCGAGCGACCAGUUUCGAUAGCCAGGGAUCCUGCUCCUCACCCAAACCACCGCUUACGCCCUAGGGAGUGAGAAUGGAUUCAUCGUGGUCAGUGCCCAAGGCUCCCUUGUAACUCACAUCUACAUGAACAGAAGGUUUGGCUUCUGCAGAUGAACUGUAUCCAUAUUUUUUUAUCAAAAUCCAUCUUUCCUAUUCUAAGAUUUGUUAAUGUGUGAAUGAAGUUGACUCGAGUCAAAUAUAACCCUUCCUCGUGCAAAUUCAUUCAUCUAUUUUACCUCUGGCAUAUGUCCAGUGUCAUAUUCAAGCAGUGUUUUGAUGGGGCCUGUACAUUUUCAUAGGCAAACAAAUCUGAAAAAAGAUCCCUUAAUCAAUUCAAAACUACUGCAGCUUUUAGCAGCUAAUUCUCUUGAAAAAGAGCAAACAGUUAGGUACAGUUCAUGUAGUAAAUUCCUUCUAAAUUGCACUAAAUCCUCUAUGACUUCGCAAGAUCACACUUCAAACUAAUGUUGCAUUAAAAAACCCAACUGUUGUCAUGUUUUGAGUAUCUGGAAAAUCAGUUCAUUCCUUGGGCAGGGAGGAAGGGCUGAUUUAAGGCCCACUGGAGCCAAAGAGGAGGAUCUACUGACUUCAGUGGGUUUUAGUCCAGCCCUUAUGAAACAGGUAUGAGAACUGGAUCUAUGCAGCUAUAACCCCCCCAGCACUCACAAUGACAGCUGCAUCUCUACAAACAGCCAAACUGCAGAGGACAGAAUACUCAGAAGUAAAGGAAUUGAUUUAAUGUGAUUUAUCUCUUCACAAAAUUGACCAGAUAUUUCAGUUACCCACAACGUUUUUGUGAUUCUUGAUUUAAUGUGACAGACUUAGAUUUCUUUGAAGUUAUUUUGACUGAGUGCACAGCACACAUGAAAUUUAGUUUCUGGUUGCUGGCUGGAUGCCUCUAGACAUAUAUGCUAAAUAUGAAUUUGAGAUGUGUUUUCUGUCAGUCUAUGGAGAAAGAAAUUGAAAUGUGUUUUACAAGCAAGUAAACUCAUUUAUUAGAAUACAAAAUGACAACAAAUGCAAAAAUCUAUUGGCUGUAGUCAGAUAUUUUAAAAACCAGAAGAGAACUACAUAUUACUUUGUGGAUUUAUCUCUAAGCACUGCAGUUUACCUCAGUCAGAUAAAUCAGAUAGUUACUUUCUUUUUUCCUUUUUCCUUUCUUUUUGACAUGAUUGGGUCUGAGGUUUUGAAAGCUGGACUGUAAUUAGGAAGAAGUUGGGUAGUGGCACUUUUUGUAGCUUUGCAAUAUAUAUAAAGAAAACUGAGGAGACAGUGUUUUCCAAAGCAGAAUUUUUACAGAAGUAUCAUUCAGGAGAAAAGCACCAAAGGAAUAUUGAUUAAUGAUUAAUGACAGAAAUGUUGAGAAUUAAUCUGGAUGUGAAGGGAAAAGGUCAUUUUGGCAAACUUCUGAAGAACCAUUUUGAGUUGGUUUAGCCUGGCUGACAGAGAAUAUGUUCCUGAGGAUCCAGUCCCUCCAUGCCACUGACUAAUCUCUAAGACAGACAAAAAUACCUUGCAGUGUCUUAACUGCUCCAGAAAAUCUAGCAGGACUGGUCUUAACAUUACAGGUGUAUCUAAGUCACAAAAGGAGGCAGCUUUUAUACCUUGCCUCCUGUGCCUAUGAACACAGCAAGCAAGCAAAUAAAUAUAAAAAACAAUCUCUCAGACAGUCUUAACAAAUAAAGAAGGAAAAAAAAAAAAGAAAGAAAAAAGGGAAAAAAGAAAAUGUUCCAGCCCAAGUGUUUGAAUGCCUGUUUCAGGUUGUUAUUCAUGGCCUCGAGGCAGAAAUGGUUUCUCUCAGAGAGGAUUGGUAAUGCUGAACACUGAUCCUCCCUGCUUAAGAUUGUAUUUUCAUCACCACAAAUACAGAGCAGCCUUGCAGAAUUUCAUUCCUCCAUUUGCUCUGGAUGAAUAAUUUUUUUAAUAGGAGAACAAACUCUCCUCUGUGAGGCUUUUUUUCCCUCCCAUCAUUGUUAUCCUAACAAAAUUCUGUGGCCUAGAUCAUUUUCAACAUUAUUCUGCAAGGCUGAUAUAGAAACAUACAUAUAUAUAUAUAUAUAUGGAGAUUGAAAAAAUAUUUUAUGUAUGCAUUUACUUAAUAUGAAUUAUAUCAACAGUGGCCUUUGUGGCCUAGAAAAUAAUUUUUGUAAUGUGGUACUGUAACAGUUAACUAAAUAUUCUUUGCACUUUUUUGCACCUAAUAUCCAAAAAGUGAACAAAUUCAUGAUCAAAUGUAGCAUAAGUGUUCAGCAAUGAGCAACGUAUUUUUACCUAUUUUACUGUUCUCUAUGAGUAUCCUGUAUGUCUCAUCAUAGGUAGUAAGGUAUUUCAAGACUCAUUUUCUUAAAUUUUAAUUGUUGUCAGAUACCAAAGGCUUGGUUUGUGCCCCCCUGUUGUGUUAUUUUUGGUAUUGUUAAUAACAAUAGUGAAUGACUUCUGUGUCUAAACUUGACUGAUAGGUGCUCUGCAUCUAGGAGAAAUCAGGCUGCAAAAUCAUCUGGACAUCUAAUUCUAAAAAUCAUGCCCUAAGAAAUUCUAUUUACUCCCUUAGCAGUGAUUAAUAGAAGUAGUGAAAAAGAUUAUUUUUUUCCCCAUUGUUUCCUUAACUAUCUCAAAAGACAGGAUAUGUACUUAGUAUAACCCAUCCAUUGGCUUUAGAGCCUGGUUCACAAGUUGCUCUCAGUGGCAUCACAGAAGCACCAAGGAAAAAGUUAGCACAGUUUAAGUCACGGAAUAUGUUGCUCAAUGUAUAUCUUUAUUAAAUUAUUAUUUUUAAAUAUUUUGGUUUGGAAAUCUGGAGAAGUUGCAAGUUCCUUGCUCCCAUCCUGAUUUUUUUUUCUGCUUAUCCACAUCUCAUGCAUUACCCUAAUUUGGGAAAAAUCAAAUGUGGCAAAAGGCUGGUUUAAAAUAUACUGUAUUACUUAUACAACAGUUAGAAAAGCCUCCUUCCCUAAAGGCCUGAGUUAUUUUUGAAUAUUUUUAUUGAAGCUGUUUGCUGGAAACAGCACCAGUACUUAAUAAGAACUGUAUUUGCACGGCCUGGCUUUUUUUGUACUUUCACACUGCACAGGUGAGCACAAGCUCACUAAGAUUUAAGUCAUGUACUGCAUUCCAUGUCCCCAGCUUUGGAUCACAGCAUUUUACAGUCCUGCAGACAUGGCCCUUCUCCUCACCCUCCCAGCAAGAAACCUUCUCUUUCCUCACCAUCUUUUGUCUGUGCUGGGCUUAGGAAUAUGAAUAUUGGUAAGGGAUAAAGUGGCCAGCAACUUCCUCUGCAAAAUUUCUUCUUCAAUAAAUGUAAUUCUUUAGGCUUCUUAUAUUUAAGUAACAAAAUUAUACAUUUUUUCUUAAAGAAUCA